GGUCCAAAACGGACAAACACACACCGACUACAUCAACGCCAGCUUCGUGCCCGGUGGGGGGUCGGAGCGAGACUUCAUCUGUACCCAGGGUCCCCUCCGCAGCACGGCGGGCGACUUCUGGAGGAUGGUGUGGGAGCAGAACGUCAGGGUGGUCGUCAUGGUGACGGCGCUGAGGCACAAGGACCAGGUGAUGUGUGAUAAGUAUUGGCCCCUGGAACGAGGGACCGCCCACCACGGAGACAUCCAGGUUACCACGGUGACCCGACAGCAGGGUCCAGAGUACUCCAUCACCACCAUCAACCUCCGACAGGGGGCGUGUCCUACAGCCAGCAGGAGCGUCUCCCACUUCCACUUCCCCUGCUGGCCGGACCGCAGCGUCCCGGCCGACGUGGCGUCGCUCGUCUCCUUCACCGAGCUGGUGAGGCGCGAGCUGGAGGCGGAGCCUCGGCUGGGGCCGGCCGUGGUGCACUGCAGUGCCGGCGUGGGCCGCUCCGGGGCCUUCGUGGCGUUCCUCUGGCUCCUGCAGCUUUGUGUUCGCGGCGUUCCGCCCGACGUCAGAGCCGCCGUGGAGGACCUGAGGCUGCACCGCAUGGGGAUGGUCCAGAACCUGGACCAGUACCUGUUGGUCCACCAGUGUCUGCUGCACUGGCUCCGCAGUGGAGCCUCGGCACGGCCACAAGCUCAGGGGGCCGCUUUGAAUGUGACCCCCCGCGGCUCCUCGGGUCGGGGGGGCCACACGGGGAGGAGACACCAACAACAACAACCACCACCACCACAACAACAACAACAACAACCACCACGCCCACGACGACAGACGGCUCCAGGAGGCCGACAGCCGAUCUUAAACCCCGGGAAGCUGCUGAGGAGGCUGCUGCCCCACUCGCCCUGAACCCACAACAACAACAACAACAGACGAUGAGGUUGCCGUGGGAACGGAAGGUUUGGAAAACUGGCUCGACGAAAACCGCCGACGCGGCAGUUUACCU